CUGAUUGGUUCUUGCUCUGUCGCCGUUUUUCGUCCAGCACGCUUUUGUUGGAUUUCCGCCAUCCCUAUCGCCUGGCGAUUGGGCUAGAAGAAAGAGGGCAGCUGUUGCUGCUUUUCACCAUGGCCAGGGGAGGCCGCGCCGGCAGCGUCUGGCUCGUAGGUUUGAGAAGCUCUAGCAGCGGCGUGCAGAAGAAAACUCUGCCUUAGCUUUUCGUAGCAAUUUCCAAAGUAUUUUCCUGGUGGGACGUGCCUGCAUGGAGAAAAAGAUGGGAGAAGCUGUCGCCAGAGUAGCCAGAAAAGUGAACGAAACAGUUGAAAACAAAGGAGAUUCACUUGAUUUGGCAGAUUGCAAACUGAUGACCUUCCCCAUUGCCCUUUACAAAGUCAUGAGGCAUGUCACUGAAGGCAUACAUCUCAUCACUCUGGCAAAUAAUGAGCUGAAGUCUGUGACCAGCAAAUUCAUCACUACCUUCAGCCAGCUGAGAGAACUUAAUCUGGAAGGGAAUUACAUUCAUCAUCUGCCAGAAGAGGUCCGAACCCUGCUACAUCUGAGAGUCAUCAACCUCUCCAGAAACAAAUUUCGUCACUUUCCAGAGCAGCUGACCUCUUUGCAAGCUCUUGAAACAAUCAACCUAGAAGAGAAUGAGAUUGCAGAUGUGCCUGUUGAGAAGCUGGCCUCUAUGGAGUCUCUGCAGAGUGUGAACCUAAAGUCAAACCCAUUAAAUGAGGAGAUCCGGGUGAUUGCCAGGCCACUGAUCAAGUUUGACCUCCUGACAUCUCCAGCCAUUCCUAAAGUGUGAAAUAUGGUUGACUUGGGCAUACAGCUGUAUUCAGUCAUGCUUAUCAAGGGAAAGAGAAUGCAGUGUUUUGUGAGCUAGGACACUCGGGUCAGCUUUCAUAAGCUGUGCUGCUCCUGCAUGUGUUUGGUUUCUUGGGCCUCCAAAGUAGUGAGAAGCAUAAUGUUUUUGCCAAGUGGCAGUGGUUCUUGCCGAACCAAAUCUCUGCUAAACUGUGGAUGUACUGAAAGUACAUAAUGCCUACAAAGAAAAAUGACUUUUGAAGGAGAGCAGCUUUCCUAGGAUAGGCAAUGGUCUCUCUAGUCCUGUACCGCAAAGGAAAAUGUGAUGGUCACCCCCAGCCACCCUGGGCCCCUGGCUGCCUGGGGAAGGGAGAUCUGACCACAACACAGAGAGUACCCCUCUUGGAACUGCCCCCCUUCCCCCCUUUAGGGGUAUGCUGCCCCCAAAUGGGGGAGUUGCUUGAUUUGAUUAUAGGCUGCCCCUUAUUAUUCAGCCUAAUAAUAAGUCUUUUGAGAUAGCAUGGUGUAAUGGCUUCAGGCGUGAGCAGUGAAAAUAGAGAGACCACACCAGGUUUACAAACAAUUAAAGAGUUAACUAAAAACAGAAAUAAUAAUAUGAUUCUUGAGGAAAGAUAUGCAUUACAUAAAAAUGCCACCACAUUGAUGCAGAAAAAAUUACAAGAAACCCAGAAUAUCCUUUUGGACAAAUUACAGAAAAUCAGUAUGUUCCUCUUUGGAGAAAAACUAAUAUAAAACUGGAUAAACACAAUCCCCUUGCCCUAGCCUUAUCAGUAGCUAGGCUCAGCAGGCUCUCAGGGAAAUCUUGCACAUGAGCAACCCUUUGUUCCUUGAGGCCUACCUUCCAGGAUCAGCAAACUUCUGCCUCUCUCCCAGGUACCUCAUCCCCCUGAGAACCCACCUUGUUCUAAAAAACUCCAGAAUGGCUAUUCCUUAAUUUAAAAAAAGCUCUCCUUGUCAGUCAUAUACCCCUUCCGAGUCGGUUGCAGGAUGUGAUUAAUGAUCCAGACUGAUGUGACUUUCCACACAUAGGCCAAGGUGGACACAUUGCCUUGAAAGCUGUGCCCCUAGGCCAGGUGAUUCAAGCAUGUUAAUCUUCUACCUUCCUAAACAAAGACCAGUAAAAACAUGCAUUCCCAUAUUAUACAUUUCCUAAAAAACAAGAUCCACAUUAACAGCCCAGGACAGCAAAGACCACUUCCUUCGCAAAGGGUGUGAGUGGAAUACAGCAGGGGAGGGGACGUGUGGUGCUCCAGAUACUUUGCAAAGGCUGAUGGAAGUUGGAGUCCAUCAAUAUCUGGAGGGCCAUAGGUUCCCUGGAAUAACGUAUUUCCCCACACCCAGUGGACAGGAGUAAUCAACUAGGUACCUGGGAAAUAAUGCAUCAAGGAUGGCCAGCUUCUGUAACCCAUGAAGAAAUUUCACCUACACUCUCAAAAGAGAAACAAGAGAAUUGUAGAAAUUUUGCUCAUAGUUUCACCUGUAAGAAAAAGAAAAUCAGUUUCAAAAGUUGUGUCUGUGAGAGAGAUUCCACAUUUUAAUGUUACAACUUUUCUGGUUUUGUAUGUAAAGAGCCAGCCAGUAGGUGCUUGUUGACUUUGUUACAUCAUGACUGACAAACAGCAAGGGGAUUAGAUUGUGCGACAAAGAACAAUUCUGUACCCAGGAUUGUUGUCUGAUCAAUACUGUGGGCCUCAGGAAUAUAGAACAUGGUCCUCUCUUGUUUAGAAAUCCAUAAACAUUGUGUAAAUAACCAUGUUAUUGGAAGCAAAUUCCCCUGAUAAAUUUUGUGCUGUAUGAACAAGUAUUGCCUUAUAAUUGCUAUAUUGGAUUUUACACUUGAUCUUAUCAAGUGGUUUCUCGUUCCAGUACCAUGUAAAACAAUAAAACGCUAUUCAUGAUU